AUGGAUUUCGUAAAAGUGAAAAUGAAAAUAAAGUGUUAAAAUAUUAAAAUUAGAAUCUCAAAUAAGAAAUUGUUAAUCUUUCAAAUAAAUUUAAUUAAGUCAAACAGAUUUAUCAGAAAACUUGAUGAAAUGCAUAAAAAGAAAGAGAGUUAUUUGAUAAAUAAGUUCAUAAUGAAACGGAAAUUGAUUAACUAAGAGAUGAAAACAGGGCAUUAAAAAGAGCUAGAUUAGAAUAAGAGUAAUUUAGAUAAACAAUUAAAAUGA